GACAGAGCCAACAUGGCCCGUUCUCUACUUCACCCACAAUCAUCCCAUCUACCAUCACAAAUAGUAGAACUACAACCGAGCUCGCCAAAAAGCUCAUCCACAAGAUGCCCAUGGCUCUUGUGUCACCCGCACGUUUCCUUGACUCAAACUCCUGCCCCUACCCAUACUGCGAGAAGCCAUCGUCGUGUUCUUUCUCACAUCCUCGCCCACCAUGUCUCGGCCUCAAUCGCCGGAGGAUCUACUUCCGUUCGAAGUUGGCCUAAAUCUAACGAUCCCACAGAUGAUGUUCGUCUCCGGCGAAACUGGCGAACCAUCUCCCGAAACGACUACUCUGAUUGAAUCCAUCGUGCAGGAUCAAGUGCAGCAUAUGCUGCGAGAGUGCACGGCUUUAGCUACACGCCGCGGUAGCAAAUCUAUAUCCACAGACGACCUCUUCAUGCUCAUUCGCCACGAUCGCGCAAAGAUUUCCCGGUUACGACACUUCCUUCAAUGGAAAGACGUUCGUCGUUCCGUCAAAGACUCAGAUGACAAAGGAGGCGAUGCCGGUGCUGACGUGGGAGCUGGAGAUGCAGACAUAGCUGCAGGCGUAGUAGGCGCAGGUGGUCCUGGCGCCGCCCCCGUCGAUGCGUCAAAGAAAGCCAAACGCGCCAAGGUCGACUUAGUCUGGGACGUACAAUCUUUCUUCACCGAAUUCCCACCCCAAAAAGACGAUGUUGAAGACGAGGAAGAAGAGGAGAUGAACUAUGCCACCCUGCAGCGCUUGAAGAAUGCAGACGAACGUACCAAGAACAUGACGCGUGAAGAAUAUGUCCAUUGGUCCGACUGUCGUCAAGCAUCCUUCACCUACCGCAAAGGCAAGCGUUUCAAGGAGUGGGCAGGCUUCGGCCUUAUCACCGAUUCUAAACCUUCCGACGACAUCAUCGAUAUCCUGGGUUUCUUGACAUUUGAGAUUGUGCAAACGCUUACAGAAGAGGCACUCAAAGUCAAGGAUGCAGAAGACUUGUACAAGAAGAACCAUGGUGGCGAGCAGAACCGACUCAAGAGAAAGAGGGAGAGGGGUCUGUUUGAUCCGCCUGAGGAGGCCAGGGAGCCAGUGCAGCCAAGUCAUGUGCAAGAGGGCUACAGAAGGCUGCAGAGGGGUAACAACAAGGCCAAGGCCAUGCUCAACUUCACGAGGAAUGUGCACAGGGCGGCGCUGAAGCUGAUCUAAUGGCAAAGCAACCCGACCUAGGUUGGAUCUGCACAUGGUGUUUGGACAAGGCGCUUCUGGUUAUUUGAUACCCUGAGCAGGUAAAAGGGUGUAUGGCGUCUAUGGCAAGGAUAUUUGGAAAUUCGCGAGCUUUUAGAAUGCGUGCUGUAAUUGGUUUGAGAGACGAGAACCGUUGGAGCAGGUAUCAUCACGAUUGUCGUAAACGCAAACAAUGCAUGAAAGCAGACCAA